UGAAUGUAUCUAUGGGAAAAUGAUCGCCUCAAUACUAGUAAUAUGGACCACAGAUUGGCCUAGCCACUUACAGAAAAAAACUAAUGUUAAAAUCAUAACUUCUAUUUAUACAUGUAAGAAAUCAUAUGUUCAUAAUAUUGAGUGUUACAUCACCCCGUUAAAAGAAAGAAAGAGGAAACUAAGUCCAAAACUAGAUUUUUCAAAUAUAUUAUAUGAAUAUAAUAUAUGAAACACCUUUUCAAUGAUGUUCUGUUUACGUUAAAUGCUAAGUGGAAAUCUUUUUUAUGACAGCACAGCAUUCCUGAUAGGUCCUAAGAGGCAAGUGACAAUGAUGCUUGAUCCUGUUCGUAUAUAUGCAACUUCCAUAUACAUUGCAAGUAUGAUAAUCGCCUUGUUUUGUGCUCUAUAUGUCCAUAACAAGUUACUGACAUUUCUUGCACUUAUUUUGGAGUUUGGGGCACUUGUUUGGUAUAGUUUGAGCUACAUCCCUUUUGCGAGGUCCAUGGUUUCAAAGAUCAUGGCUUCAUGCUUUGACACUGAAUUUUAGGCUAUAAACUCAAAAGAUUGUGGCAUUGUCGGUCAAACUCACUUCAUUGACACCCUCAAUAUCCCUUGAAGUCCUACAGAAAAGGGUUUCUGCCGCUGAAAUACAGUUAUGGAUUAUGAUUUUCCUUAUUGUCUGCUCUUUCCUUUGGUGGAGUCUUGUAUAGGUUCCACCAGAUUGUUAGACUUAAAAUCUUGUGCAUUUGUAUUAUGUUGUCAAUGAGCUAAUGUAAAGAUUUUCGUUUCUCUCA